UCGGGUCUGUUGCAAGCUGGAAGUUGAUUGUUGACUCCUGGUUCAGUCGGUCAAUUGCCACCUCAGUUCAGUUUCAAGUCCCUGAAUACCUCACGCUAGUCAAUCACCAUGGCGAAGAAGGCAUUGCCCAAGGAUCAGAUCGUGAAGCUCAUCGUGGGCGCCGGUCAGGCCAGUCCCAGUCCUCCCGUCGGUCCGGCCCUGGGUAGUAAGGGUGUGAAGAGCAUGGAUUUCUGUAAGGAGUUCAACGCCCGCACGGCGCACAUCAACACCGGUGUCCCCAUGCCGUCGCUCAUCACCGUCCGUCCCGACCGGUCGUUCUUCUUCGACCUCCGCACCCCGACUACCACCUACCUUCUUUUGCAAGCCGCCAACGUCGAGCCGCGCAAGAACCGCAUUCGCGGUGCCCAGAGGCCCGGCCACGAGACCGUCGGCACGAUCUCCCUCAAGCACGUCUACGAAAUCGCGAAGAUCAAGCACACCGAGACGAGACUGUCGGGUCUGAGCCUGCAGGGUAUGUGCAAGAGUGUCAUCGCCCAGGCCAAGUCGAUUGGUGUUGAGGUUGUGCCGUAAACGGCAAACGAGCGAAAGAGGUGACUGGAAUCCGUCGACUGUGUAUUGUAUAUGGGAUCCCUGCUACCGGGCGAUUACUGCUGCUCGCUGUCUGGGACUGAUGAUCAUGGCGUUCUUGGGGGAUUGGGUCUGUUGUCAUUUGUAUUAUAGGUAUUGCAUGUGAUCUAGAAAGCG